UACAGUAUGAUGAUUCUAGUAUACUGGAGAUAUACUCCCUCCUUCCCAGUGAUGUACCUGGUAGUGUUAGGGGUACUGUUGCUAGCAUCGACACUGACCCACUCGGUCAAUCUCGACGAAGGUGCAUUCUCCAAGCAUGCCUCGUACGAUCCCUGCUACGAUGAGGAUCGUCCGCGCCGUUGUCUACCGGACUUUGUCAAUGCUGCAUUUGGCAUGCCGGUAGUAGCGUCUUCCACCUGCGGACAGCGGUCCCUGGAGCGGUUGUGUGAUGUGCAGCAGGUUCGCCCACGCUGUGUCCAGUGUGAUGAAGGGAACCCACGCAAACGCUAUCCACCGUCCGCCCUGACCGAUGUGAACAACUCCAACAAUGUCACCUGCUGGCGUUCCGAACCGCUCCGAUCACCCGCGUCCAUCAACGAUCCACCGGACAACGUGACGCUGACGCUGUCACUCGGCAAGAAGUACGAGCUGACGUACAUUAGCCUCACGUUCUGCCCCGGUACCAUCAAGCCGGACUCGAUCGCCAUUUACAAGAGUGCGGACUUUGGCAAGUCGUGGCAGGCGUUCCAGUUUUACAGCUCCCAGUGCCGACGGGUGUACGGUCGACCGAACCGGGCCACGAUCACGCGUGCUAACGAGCAGGAGGCACGCUGUACCGAUGCGCAUCGGCACGGCGGUGAGUCGGGUAUUGGUGGAGCCGGACCCAGUGUUUCACGGAUCGCCUUCAGCACUCUGGAGGGUCGGCCAUCUGCACCGGAUUUCGAUUCGUCGCCGGUGCUGCAGGAUUGGGUUACAGCUACUGAUGUGCGCAUCGUGUUCCAUCGCCAUCAAAUGCCGCCUGAAGAUUCGUUCGAGGAUCCCUGGUAUCUUUUGCACAGUUCGGCUCAGGUACCUCAGGCAUCCUUCCGCCGACAGCCACGAGAUCUGGAGGACGAACAAAAUGCGUCGGAGCAGGAAGAAUUUCCGGUGCCGUCCACGACGCCGGACUAUCAAUCCGAGGAAGCACCGCAGGUUCGAUCACAAUCAAACGCUUCGGAGCCGGUGAACUCAUCCAUCAAACCGCCAGCGGAAGUGCUGAGUGUAGGACGAACUGGAUCAUCUACGCGGCAGCAACCUCACCAUCAUUACGCGGUGUCAGAUUUUGCUGUCGGUGGACGUUGCAAGUGUAAUGGGCAUGCGUUUCGCUGUGUCCCGAUGGGGAAGGAGAGUGAGGUGAGCUGUGACUGCAAGCACAAUACUGCUGGUCGUGACUGCGAGCGUUGCAAGCCGUUCCACUUUGAUCGUCCAUGGGGACGAGCUAACGCUAGAGAUGCCAACGAAUGCAAAGCAUGCAACUGUAACGGACACGCGCGCCGCUGCCGUUUCAACAUGGAGCUGUACAAGAUGUCCGGCCGGAUAUCCGGUGGCGUAUGUCUAAGCUGCCGGCAUGCGACCACUGGACGUCACUGUCACUACUGCCGAGAAGGCUUCUACCGAGACGCUACCAAACCAAUCAGCCACAGGAAAGUCUGCAAAGCCUGCGACUGUCACCCGAUUGGAUCAUCUGGUAAAACUUGCAACCAUACAACGGGACAGUGCCCAUGUAAAGAUGGCGUUACGGGCCUAACUUGUAACAGGUGUGCCCGAGGUUACCAGCAGAGCCGUUCACACAUCGCACCGUGUAUCAAAAUUCCGAGAGUAAUAAAUAUGGUACAUUCGCAAAAUACAGCGCCGGAAGAGAGUCAUCAGUACGCCGUCAGCAGUGGUAAUCACGAGCCGGAAGCACCCUCCUACCGGAUGCAUGCCGGACGGGAGUGCGGAAAGUGCAAAAUCAGCACAAAGCGGCUAAAUCUAAACAAGUUUUGCAAAAGAGAUUACGCAAUCAUGGCCAAAGUGAUCGGAAAGGACACGAAACCCGACAACGGAAUCACGAAAGGCAGCACCGGCAGCGGCAGCAUCGGCCCCAACCAACACCCGUACCAGCAACCGUACCAACCACCGUCGCGGCGCUACCGAAACUCACCACCCGAGGACGCCGUGGUCCAGUUCCAUCUAAGCGUGCAAAAGGUUUUCAAGCGAAGCCGCAACCCCGUCAGCCCGCUGGCCAAAGCGUCGAAAUGGUCGGACGUACCGUACAUCGUCAGCGCACACGAUCUGGACUGUCGAUGUCCAAAGCUCAAAGUACAUAGAUCCUAUCUCAUCCUGGGCAACGAUUCGGAGGGACCAACGGGGAUGCUGGGCGUUGGACCUCGCUCAAUUCUGAUCGAGUGGCGCGACGAGUGGCAUCGGCGCUUGAGAAAGUUCCAGCGACAGGCCGACCGGACCUGCCACUGA